AUGGACAUUGAUGAGGACGAUGAAGAGGCGAUGAUGCGGAAGGUCAUGGGCUUUUCGACCUUCAAGACCACGCAGAACACAAAGGUGCCAGGGAAUCAGAUCUAUGGGGUGCGCAAGGAGAAGAAGACCGUCUAUCGUCAGUACAUGAACAGAGAUGGAGGGUUCAAUAGACCGCUCAGUCCUGGAAGGUGA